ACGUCACACACAGCACACAGCCGCGUCACCUUAAAAUUUUUGUCAAUCAAGAAACAAAAAUUUGUACUCGAUUAUCCAGCACUUUUGUGAAAGAUAAGAAAGUCGUGGCAGUUUUGUGUGGUACCUCUGAUCCUAGAACGGCACAAUAAUGGAAAUAAUAACGGAAUUUGUACAGAGUCAGUUAUUUUUGGUAGUGCCUGUGGCGCUUGUUGUAUUCGCAGGUAUUUUGUUGUUUACAUAUUCCAUAAGACCUGCACAACAACCCAAAUUUCCCAGCGGUCUGGAUGACCGGAAAACAGCUGGAAAAAAGAAAAAGUUGAAGGAAAAGAAAUCAACAGCAAACGGUCACGUGUCAACUGGAGCCCCAAAAUCCGAAAAAUCUCCGGCAAAAGAGCAGAAAAAGACUCCGGAACCAGCCAAAAAGGAAAAGAAAAUAGUUACUGAGAUUAAGGAGCCUAAAAAAACCGAAGUGAAAAAAUCUGUUGAACCUCAAAAGAAAGUAACCAAAAAGGUUGCCGUUGUAAAACCUGUUGACAUUGACGAUGGCGGUUGGGAAACUGUACCCACUAAGAAAACCAAGAAAACCGACCAACCCCUCGUCAAGAAGGACAAAAAAGCCAAAGCACCAUCCGUUGAAGUUCCAGCUGUCAAAGAAGAAACCCCAGAAAAAGAAGAAGUAAAACCUGUUGUAGUAGUUGAAGAGAUCAAAGCUGAAGUCGAACCACCAGUGGUGGAAGAAGUUGCUGAGGCCAUUGAAGAGCCUGCUCCAGUUGUCGAAGAAAAGAAAGACAAGAAGAAGAAGAAGCCAAAGGCUAAUAAGCCUGAAGUAGGUGCUGCACCAGCACCAAAAGUUGAAAUUGCAGCUCCCGAACCUGUUGCUGCUCCUGUUGAGCCUAAGAGUGCUCCUGUUGAGCCCAAAAGUGCUCCUGUUGAGCCCAAAAGUGCUCCUGUUGAGCCCAAGAGUGCUCCUGCUGCCACAGCUGGAGUUGCUUUUGAUGAAUUAGGAGAUACUUGGACAGAAGCUAAACCAGUGAAAAAAAGCAAGAAAAAAGCCCGCAGAGACAACUAAUAUCCAAAACUCAGUUGUUAAACAACAGUUAAGCUGUUAAAGAGCCCAGCUGGGCUCUGUUCCAUCUUGGAAAAGGUGGCGACUAAUGUGAUCACUAAAGUAACCUCAGCUGUUCAGUUUGGGACACGAUCUCAAUUUCAAAAAAAAAAAAAGAUUUUUGAGAUAUCCAACACGGCUUAUUGAGAAAAAAGUAACAUCACUUUUUGCUCAAUAAGUCGGCGAAGAUUAACGAGUAAAAUGUGGUGUCCAUUCUCUAGCUGAUAAAGUGCUAGUUUUUCAAUCGUAGUUUUUAAGUGGUACUAACCUAAACAUGGCGUAUAUGAAUACUUUGACUAGAAGUGAAAUAAAUGAUAACGAACACAAAGUUCUGGAUUGAAUUGAAUAUGCUAUAAAUAAACAAACUAUGCUUUGUAUGUGUUAAUAUGUAAAGCAAUCGAAACUUUUGAGGGUGUUAGUAUUAUUUUUAUAUUUAAAUAUACUUAAGUAAAAUGUAAAUACUUGCAAUAGAAAUAAAUAUGUACAUUCCAUCGAAAGGGUACUAGUAUGAGUGUCUUAGAAGAGAAACCCCUGUAUAUUUUGUGCCAAGCAAAAAAAAAGGGUCCUGUAAGAAUCAAAAUGCAUGCAGUAGAAACCCUAAAAAAUAAUCUAUAACCAAUGCCUUACAUACUUAAUAUUUCAGAACAUUGCAGAGUUAUACAAAAUGUCUUCCAUCAAUCGGUUUUGUUUAUAUUCAUAUAAUUAAAAUAGUGUUUUUCUUGUCUGGAACAUGAGUGAUGACUAAAUUAACAACAAAUUGAGAAAUAGGAUGUAAUGAAUGUUGUUAACAUUUUUAGCUUCUCUUGCCAUCAUUUCUAGAUUCAUAAUGUACCAAGUUUCUAUGAUAGAAAUUCCAAUUUAGGACAAGUUUUUCACUUUGCUAAGAAAAUUCUUAUAGGAUUGUAAUCACGUGUGUCCUAAAAAGUGUCCACACAUUGUUAUUUGUAAUAGUGAAACCAUAUUUCAAAUAGUCGUUUUUCUUCCAUGAUUUUGAGCCAAAAUUUGAAAAACAUUUUUUUUACAUCUACAUGUAAUGUUUCGUAGUUUAUAGUUAAUGUUUUGUUCUUAUUUUGUUUAUUUUUUAUACAUGAUUCCUUGUUUUGUGGGUGUUUAAUUUAAUAUUAAAUAUUCUAUUGAGAAUGCUCAAGUUUCUUUCUUUACCAUUUUUUAAUGUCUUUCAUUUUUUUUUUUUUUUUAUUAUGCGCGUGUAGUUUAUUUUGCAAAUUUUAUGAAGCAGAUUUUCCAAAAAUUGCUUUAUAAAAACGUUUUUGUCCUAUUUUUGUUUUAAUUCAACACUUACUAAGUGUAUGUUGUCCCAGUUAUGUUAGAUUUUUUACCACUUUUAAAUUUAAGCGAGUACAUUAAGGUUAAUAAUAGUUUUUGCAUUUCUAGGAGUGUUAAUUAAAAAAUAUAUAUUUUUUUAGGAUAUUACGUGUGCUUGGAAAUGCUUGUGACAAUUGAAAAUAAUGUUUGCUUUAUUUGUAAAUAGGAUUUUUGUUUUGUUUAAAUAGAAAUAUCUAUUUAUCUAUUAUAAGAUAUUUGUAUAUGUGGCUAUUGUAAUUUUAAGUUUUUCCAUCCUAGGAUAAUAUAUAUUAUACAAUAUUUUUUGGUCAAUGGAUUGUUUAUCUUUUUGGGGACCAUUUUGGAAUAAAAUA